GCCGCAGAUAGAAUAGCUGAAUUGAUUUGAAUUUUGGGGGAAUUAAGGAUGGCAUACAUUAUUCAAUAAUCGACCCAGGAGCUGGGUACUUCUCAUACCUCAGAAGAAAGGCAAGAUCAAAAGGAGUUGAGGAAAUGGAUCCAAACUCUUCAAAGAUGAUGGCCGGAAGGUUCGAAACGAUAGGAAUGGGGUUAGUGAUACUCAGUUGGGCCCUUCUCACUCUAAAACUCAGCGAGAUCUGGUUAGUCUGUCUUGAUUGGCUAUUUAAGUUCUUGCUAAUAAUAGUCAGUGCCGUGAGCGAGACCAAAGGAACUGUGUACUUACGAAGGCAGGCGAGCCAAUCGAGGUGGCACACAUCUAUCCGUUUUCUAUGCGAUGUGAGGGUGACCCUAUUGAAGGACUGAGGUCAUCCUUCU